AUGUGGUGCCGGAGGCUGCYGGCCCUGCUGCGGGCGCCGCGCGGCGGGAGCCUCUGCGGCGCCGCGGGCGCUCGCGGCCACCACGGCGCCCCGGGCGCCCUGCCCUGCGCCUGGCAGCUGCGCCGCGACCACCUAGAGCUCAGGUACGCGAACACGCUCAUGCGCCUGGAUUUCGUGUGGCUGCGGGACCACUGCCGCUCCGCGUCCUGCUACAACAGCAAGACCAACCAGCGCAGCUUGGACACGGCGAGCGUGGACCUGGCCAUCAAACCCAAGGCUGUCCGCGUGGAUGAGACCACGCUCUUCCUCACGUGGCCCGAUGGGCAUGUGACGCGGUAUGGGCUGGAGUGGCUGGUGAAGAACAGCUACGAGGGGCAGAAGCAGCAGGUCAUGCACCCGCGGAUUCUCUGGAACGCAGAGAUCUACCGGCAAGCCCAGAUCCCCUCUGUCGACUGUCGGAGUUUCCUGGAGACAGACGAAGGGCUGAAGGAAUUCCUGCAAAACUUCCUGCUCUAUGGGAUUGCUUUCGUAGAAAAUGUCACCCCUACCAAAGAGGACACAGAAGUCCUAGCAGAGCGGAUCAGCUUGAUUAGGGAGACCAUUUAUGGCAGAAUGUGGUACUUCACCUCUGACUUCUCUCGGGGAGACACCGCCUACACCAAGCUGGCCCUGGAUCGUCACACGGACACCACCUACUUCCAGGAGCCCUGCGGCAUCCAAGUGUUUCACUGCCUCAAGCAUGAGGGGACAGGUGGGCGGACGCUGCUCGUGGAUGGUUUCUACGCAGCAGAGCAGGUUCUCCAGCAAGCCCCCGAUCAGUUUGAGCUGCUCAGCAAGGUGCCAUUGAAGCAUGAGUACGUUGAGAACGUGGGAGGCUGUCACAACCACAUGAUUGGAGUUGGGCCAGUCCUCAAUGUCUAUCCCUGGAACAACGAGCUGUAUCUCAUCAGAUACAACAACUACGACCGUGCAGUCAUCAACACAGUGCCCUACGAUGUUGUGCAUCGCUGGUACACUGCUCAUCGCACACUCACCACAGAGCUCAGAAGRCCAGAAAACGAGCUCUGGGUCAAGCUAAAGCCAGGCAAGGCUCUCUUCAUAGACAACUGGCGCGUCCUGCACGGCCGGGAAGCCUUCACGGGCUAUCGCCAGCUCUGCGGCUGCUACCUGACGAGAGAUGAUGUCCUGAACACCGCGCGCCUACUGGGACUGCAAGCGUAGCCCGAGCUACCUGCUGUGGAGAGGCAAUAAAUCUUCCAGCACUGCUGUGCUGCUGCAUUGCCGCAACAGAAAUGUUGUACGUACCUCAAACACCUCCAGCCUCUCCAAACAGUUCUCUGUGCCCAACCAGGAGAGGGAGCAGGUGGAAGCCAAAGGUUAUGGGACGUUUAUGCGAUUGUAUUCUGCCUUUGACAGAGCACGGACUGUUUUUACUGUGCAUCUGCCAUGCCUGAUCUUUCUACCCRGCCCAGUCAGUCUCAGCUCUGCAAAGUCAGAGUUAAUCACACUGUGAGGUAGUCAGCACCUGCUGACAUGAAGUGCUCUUCUGAUCAAGUGCCUUUGGGGUUUGAAAUCUUUGGACUUUUCCCUGUUCAAUCUUUGCGUCAGCUGGCAUUCCCAGAUUGGGCAUAGUAAAACAGAAUGGAUGUGUUUGGAAUCUUGCCUUACAGUAGGUUAGACUCUAUCCCAUCUAGAGAAAAUGAGGAUCUGUUAUUCCUGAUUGACAAGAUGGACAUACUGCUAUUGUAACUGAAGAGUGUUGGCAUAUUUCAGUGCAUACCCCUAUAAUACUUGCUAAUACAAGCCAUGGUACUUGAGGGAUGRUUGRGUUGAAGAAGCUGGUAAGAUUGCAAUAUGUCUGAAAAGGUUCAGACCAGAAAAGGAAGUAGUGAGAUCUGAAGGAGAGAUGGCCAGGUUAAUGUGUUAUUUCCCACAUUAUUCCUUGACUUCAAGUAUUAUCAUGUUUAUGUCCAGUGUUCUGCUUGUUCCAUYGUGCUGCCAUCAAGGGCGAAGGCUCCGCUCCUCCAGUGUUUACUUAGGGAAUUCCUGCUGUGCCUCUUUCACCUUUUUUGAAGAAGUAAUUCRUUGUGAAGGAUCUUUAUGCUGGCUGUUAGAUAAUGUGGAUUUUCACCAGAUUUUCU